UUUGGUCAAUUGCUUUGCCACCUCCAGGGAGCCUUUCGGCACUGGGUGCGCUAGGGGCCAACUUCGCUGGUGGGAGCCUUUUGCCCCCGCUCUUCCAUCUUUGCAUCGCUCGCCCCUUGCUGAUUUCAUGGCCCUGAAGGGCGUCUCCCUGCGGUUGCUGAGCCGCUGGCCCCGCCUGCGCGUCCUGCGCACUUGGGGCUCGGCGGCUGUGCACACUGAGAAAGGAGGGAGGACACAGAGUCAACCGGCCACAUCCUCUUGUCCUGAGUUUGACUGGCGUGACCCACUGGUGCUGGAGGAGCACCUGACAGCAGAUGAGAUCCUCAUCAGGGACACUUUCCGCACCUACUGCCAGGAGCGUCUUAUGCCUCGAAUCCUGCUGGCCAAUCGCAAUGAAGUUUUUCAUCGAGAGAUCGUCAAUGAGAUGGGGGAGCUGGGUGUUCUGGGACCUACCAUCAAAGGGUAUGGCUGUGCUGGGGUCUCAUCUGUGGCCUAUGGGCUCUUGGCCCGAGAGUUGGAGCGGGUAGACAGCGGCUACAGGUCCAUGAUGAGCGUCCAGUCCUCCCUUGUAAUGCAACCUAUCUAUGCCUAUGGCAAUGAGGAGCAGCGGCAGAAGUACCUGCCCCGGUUGGCCAAAGGGGAGCUUCUGGGCUGCUUUGGGCUCACAGAGCCCAACCAUGGGAGUGACCCUGGCAGCAUGGAGACCAGGGCCCACCAUAACCCAUCUAACAAGAGCUAUACUCUCAGUGGGACCAAGACCUGGAUUACCAACUCCCCUGUGGCUGACCUGUUUGUAGUGUGGGCUCGGUGUGAAGACAACCGCAUUCGGGGCUUCCUUCUAGAGAAGGGGAUGCGGGGCCUCUCAGCCCCGAAGAUUGAAGGCAAGUUCUCGCUGCGGGCUUCUGCCACAGGCAUGAUCAUCAUGGAUGGUGUGGAGGUGCCAGAGGAGAACCUGCUGCCCAACGUGUCUGGCCUGGCGGGUGCCUUCAGCUGCCUCAACAAUGCCCGAUAUGGCAUCACGUGGGGCGUGCUGGGAGCCGCCGAGUUCUGUCUGCACACAGCCCGGCAGUACACCCUGGACAGGAUCCAGUUUGGUGUACCAUUGGCCAGGAAUCAACUAAUUCAGAAGAAGUUGGCAGACAUGCUCACUGAGAUCACACUGGGCCUCCAUGCCUGCCUGCAGCUUGGCCGCUUAAAGGAUCAGGACAAGGCCACCCCGGAAAUGGUCUCCCUGCUGAAGAGGAAUAACUGUGGGAAAGCCCUGGACAUUGCCCGCCAGGCCCGAGACAUGCUUGGGGGGAAUGGGAUUUCUGAUGAGUAUCAUGUGAUCAGGCAUGCCAUGAACCUGGAGGCUGUGAACACCUAUGAAGGUACACAUGACAUUCACGCUCUGAUCCUUGGAAGAGCAAUCACAGGAAUUCAGGCGUUUACAGUUGGCAAGUGAACCCACUUCAUUGGAGGACCUGGAUGCUCUGAAGCCCCUUCCUGGAGAGAUGUUUGGCUGAACCCUGGGACCACUGUGCUGUAGAUGGUGGUAAAUGGACCCAACUUGUAUGAUGGGAACUACUGACAUACUGAUUUUUAAAUAUCAAAGUUUCCCUUUGGAAAUCAUCCAGAAGUGUUUCUUAAAAAGAAGAUGGGAUUCUCAGUGUUUCUCAAUUCACUUUUAACUGUGGAUGAGGUCAGAUUCCAUUUACCUUAAGACAGAAGCUUCUCCUGAUGGGGUGGAGCAGGGAGGAGGAGGAGAAUGACUCUGUAGCAACUUCAUCAAGACCAACCUCGAGUUGCCCUGAGCAGACCCCAGACCCCAAGAGGGUGCUUCGGGGCUCACUGUGCCUUCCUACCCUCCCAUCCCUGGGCAGUGCCUUAUUUAUGUUGGAUACUGGAGCAGAACAAGGGAAAGGAGAAUAAAGAGCCUGCACAGCUGA